AUGUAUCCAUUUCAUCUGAUUCUUGAUUAUCUAACAUAGACAAUAAAUAAAAUAAGGAAUAAGAAAACAAAGUGCAAUAAAUUUCAAAAAGAGUUUCGGAGUUUGGAUUGGUUUGGGCAGACUGUAAGUUUGACUUAUAAGGGGGAUGACACUUACAAGACAAACUUCGGUGCAGCAAUAUCAUUUAUUUUGAUAGUAAUACUAAGUGGAUUUGCUGGAUACAAAGGAGCAGUACUCAUCAACUAAUCUUCCCCAGAAGCCACAAAGACUUCUCUCAUCUAAGACUUGAAAAAUGCUGAAAUAAUUGCUUACGGAAUAAAUGAAUUCAGUUGUUUAACUGAUCAUGACUACGAACUUUAAGGUGGGUACUUCGAUGAUAAUUACAAAUACAUAGAACUCAAAUUAUUUAAAUGUAGAAACUUAACAGGCAAUGAAAGUUGUUAUUCACCAGAAUAGAUUGACAACUACUUCUAGGAUGAAAAAUUGAAUUUUGCAUUUACCAAUACUUAUCUAGAUUAUAAAGAUACGCAAGUUAAGUCUAAAGUUAAGUUCUUUAUAGAUGAUUCAUUUUACAUCGAAUUAGAAUCUUAAAAAACUAAGAAGUCAAAUUUUUAUAUCUAGAGAUAAGAGGCGUCUUAUCAAGAUGACUACAUUUAGUUUGGAUAAGAAAGAACAGAGCAGUUUUUUCAAGUCUAAAAUAUCCACAGGUUUGACGACAAUUACUCAAAUAAAAUAGGCUAAAUUGCAGCAAUUUACUUCAGGUUCGAUAAUAGAUAUGAUUUAUUUUCAGUAAAAAAUUACUCACUUCUCGAUUUUUUGGGAGAUAUUGGAGGACUCUAUGGAUCACUCUGUGGUAUUGGCUUUGCAUUUGUUGGGUUUUUUUGUUCAAGAAUGUUUACUUCUGAUAUAUUAAAGAAAAUAUAUUAGAUCAGAAAAGAUCCGAUUUAGAAAGCCUAAUCAGAAUAAAAGGGUGGAUUUUUAGCAAAUAUUAAACGAAGAUUUACCUUAAGAGAUCAUCAUUAGGAAGAAAUGCACAAGAAAUUGAGCCCAAAGUCGAAAACUGAAUUUGAAAAUAUCUUUAGUUAGCAGAACUAACUCAUUUCAUUUAGAAGAAAAUCUGAUUAAACAAGCUUCAAAAUUCAGGUGCUUAAAGCUUAGACAAUCGAUAACAGUGAGACACCUCUCAAGCAUUUAUAAAAUCAAAAUUAGAUCCAAGUUAAUCAUAACUUGAACAUUGAUAAUUCGAAUUACUCCUAAAUUUCAAUAAAUUAAAAUCAAAAUACACAAAGUAUAAGAGCUAAAAAGAUAAAGUCAGUUCAUAAAAGAGAAGAUAGUGUUCUAUCUAACUUAACUUUACCUUAACUUAGAAUAAUCAAAUCAGACAAUCAAAAUAUAAUUGAUGCAAAGCUAAAGCCAUCUUUGUUUUCCUCUGGUAAUUCUCUAAUGUCUCGGAUUAAGCAAACAAUCACUCAGAAGGUUAGAGAAUAAAUGAUAGCAGUUGAGUUAAGAGAAAAAUAAUCGCUAGAAGAAGUAGAUAUAGAUAAUGUCUUGCUAGCUUUUAUUCACAGAACUAGGUUUGUAUAUGGAAUCAAACGAAUGAUUGAGUAUGUAGUGAAGUGCUUGUGCUUCAAAAGGAAAUAAUGGCUGAGGAAAAAUAAGUAGGGAAAGGUUCAUUACUUAUACAAUAAAGCAGAAAAGAAACUGAAAAGUGAGCUAGAUGUGAUUUAACUUUUGAAAUCUCUUAGAAAAUUCAAACUUUUGCAGCAAGCCAUACUCCCUCAGAAAAGUAGAAUGCUUUUGCAAUUUCAAAGAUUCAACUUGAUAGAAACAGAAUCAUCAUCCUCCGAUUCAGAUGAUGAAAAGAUGUAAACUGUGCAUUUGAUGGAAAAUAAGAAUCCUUUUAUUAGGCUGUUGAUGUAUGGUAAAGUCAAGAAUAUGAUUUCGCAAUUUUAAGACAAGCAACUAGAACCACUUGAACUUAAUUUACUGAGGGGAGUAUUCCAAAGAAGACUUAAAGAUUUCUCUGAAAAAGUGAAAGAAAUAAAAGAAAACAAAUUGCUGAUGUAGCGAGUUCAUAUUCAAUUGGCCAGUGUCUCAUCUCCAAAGCAUUUUGAACUGUCAGAGUAAGAUGCAUUUGCCAUGGCUUAUGAAGAUGGAUUACUAAAUGAAACUAGGCAAAUUAGGGAAAGUAUUACAUCAUUUAAUGAUAACAAACUAAAGCUAAGAGUCGAAACUAUAGACUAAGAGAAUGGACGAAUAUAAGAAUACAAUAGUAUAAAUAUAGGAGUAAGUCUUAAUGAAUCGUAAAUCGCUAAUUUUUAAACUCAAGAUUAAUAAAAUAAAAACAGUAUCCAAGAUAAGAGGAAAGACUCUAGAUUUAAUAAUGAAUUUGAUUAUGAUGAUUCGCUGUUGUGA